CUCAGCCUUAAUGGCCACAUUUAGCCGCCAAAACUGGAGCUGACCUACAGUUCAGUUUCAUUGGCAGAAGUAGAGGGAGACAUUGAGUGAAAUAUGAGCGGUAGCAGGUAUAUCACUAACAUGAGAUGCCCCAAGAUCGCAUGCGGCGCCUCUUGGACCUUCAGUAUUGGCGAGAGAGUUGGGUGAAAGAAGAAGGUGCGAAAGGUAAGAAAGGAAACACAGGCGGAGACUAAUCUUCUCUUUCUGCCUCAUGAUCAAUGUACCUGAGUGGAUGAUGGAAUCUGCAAGAAGAUGAGAAUCUCUUGUGGAUUCUCAUCAGUCGAAGAUCAGCCUUCUUCGGGGUUUGACGUGAUUUGGCUUUUGGUGGUGUGACUUUAUACGUGCGCUUCUGUGUGGCAAUUAGUGAUCUUAAGACAUAUAUCAAAAGACUGAAAGAGUGAUCCACAAUGGCUUAUCUCACGUAUCAGAAGGAACAAUUCUCCAGGAUUGACGAUAUCUCACCCUAUCACACAAAUUACGCCAAUGAGAUGGACUUUAGCGAUCGUUUUGAUUUCUGCAAUCAAUUUAUCACCAGCGAUAAUUCAUCAGUUUGCUCACAAAGUCCCAAUGGGAGUCUAGAUGGACUCCAUAGGAAUUUCAGUGAUAUGAGUAUGACGGUUUAUCAGAAAUCCUCUGAGCAGCAGAUCGAAUACCAGCCACAGGAAAUUGAGACAUAUCAGAGGAAUUGUACAGCUCUCCAGCCUUUGAUACCCAGUGAGAGAGAUUGCAAGACACUCCGCGAGAUCACAUACAGUCGUCCAGGAGGUUCAGGAGGGGUUGAUGUCUUCAAAAGAAGACGUCUGGCCGCAAAUGCCAGGGAGCGACGUCGUAUGAACAAUCUCAAUGAUGCCUUCGACAGACUUCGAGAAGUAAUUCCGUCUCUGGGCAGCGACAGGAAACUCUCCAAAUUCGAGACUCUUCAGCUGGCACAAGCCUACAUCUCCGUCCUGGUGGAGUUACUCAGUAGGGAGUGAUCAAUGGUUUUAGCGUUAAUCUUGAAUUUAGUGCGCACAAAAAGAUUUCUAUGGAAGGACUCCAAAUUCAGUUAAAAUUUUCAAAAAGUGACUUAAUUUCAAAUUAUGCAAACUAAAUU